GUAUGACCCCUUCACCAUCUUCCAGAAAGGGAGUAGGCGAAAUGUCUCACGGCGACAUGACUGUCAAGGCUGACGCUUCUCUCCGCUCGGAUAGAAGCGCGAACUCUCCGCAGCAGAAACAGGCGAAGCAGCAGCAGCAGCAGCAGUCAGCAAGCAGCAGCAGCAGCAGCGGAACCCGAUCAAUCCAAACUUCGUCUGUUUCUCGGAGCGAGGACGGGGGAGCAGCGGCGCCGUCGGGUGGGGAGGCUGAGGUGACAGAAACUGAAACGGAAAACGUUAACGGCCAGACUCCUGCUGCUGCUGCGGCCGCUGCUUCCGCCGAUGGCGAAACACGAAGGACAGACGGAGAGUCGCAUGCGAGCGAUCCUGCGUCGCAGCCGUCGCAUCCGCCGCAGCAGGUGUCGUUCAAUCCGCUAGUAGGGGUUGCUCCGUCGAUCGCCGCGCAGACGUUCACGUUUCGCGAGCUCGAGCGUGCGACGGGUGGGUUCUCGAAGAAGAACUUCAUAGGCGAAGGAGGCUUUGGACGCGUCUAUAAGGGAAAGCUGGAGUCCACUGGCCAGAUUGUAGCCGUAAAGCAGCUUGACCGUAACGGAAUGCAAGGCAACCGAGAGUUUCUCGUGGAGGUGCUCAUGCUGUCAUUGUUACACCACUCGCAUCUCGUGAACCUGAUUGGUUACUGCGCCGAUGGCGAUCAGCGGCUAUUGGUGUACGAAUUCAUGGCAAACGGCGCACUAGAGGACCAUCUACUCGACCUGCCGGAGGGCAAAGAGCCGUUGGAAUGGAAUAUGCGCAUGCACGUGGCUGCUGGCGCCGCCAAGGGUCUCGAAUAUCUACACGUCAAGGCGAAUCCUCCCGUUAUAUAUCGCGAUUUUAAAUCAUCAAAUAUCCUUCUGAACGAAUCAUGGCAUCCGAAGCUUUCCGAUUUUGGCCUCGCGAAGCUGGGCCCGGUUGGCGACAAAACUCACGUUUCUACACGCGUUAUGGGAACGUACGGUUACUGUGCACCCGAGUACGCUAUGACGGGUCAGCUUACAGUGAAGUCGGACGUGUACAGUUUCGGUGUGGUGCUUUUGGAGCUGAUUACUGGUCGGCGGGCGAUUGACAUGAGGAGGCGACACGGCGAGCACAAUCUCGUCGCAUGGGCUCGACCACUAUUCAAAGACCGGCGGAAGUUUCCAGCCAUGGCGGACCCGGGACUGAGGGGUCGCUAUCCCAUGCGCGGGCUGUAUCAGGCUCUCGCGGUGGCGGCGAUGUGCUUGCAGGAGCAGGCGGCUCAGCGACCCAUGAUUGGCGAUGUGGUUACCGCACUGAGCUACCUCGCCAACCAGCCUUUCGACCCGGAUAAGAUCUCACGUCUCACCUCACCAUCAUUCCUCCCCCUUUCGUCCAACCACAGGCCGCCACCUGGCACGCCGCAGCACAAUCCGAUGGACAGGCGGAGCAACUCCAGUGGAGGCGGGGGAGGGGGCGAGCGCAAGGGCUCCCGCUCCCCCGCCCCCCACCACCACGGAGGGGCUAGACGCUCCGCCCUGUCCCCCAUGCAAUCCCCAGAUGUGAGACACAUGCACCACCACCACAUGAACCACCACCGGUUCUCGGAACGGGGCGAGGAGGAAGGAGCGGGAGGGUCUGUGGGUGCUGCAGGUGGUGUUGCUGGGUCGGCGAGUCCGAUGCGAGUGAGGGGUGGAGGGGGGUAUAGGGAGGGGCCGGUGGGGUAUAGGGAGAGUCCGGGGCAUGGGGGGGUGGGGAGUGGAGGCCGGACGCCGAAGAAUCAGAAGGGGUAUGGAGAGAAUUGGCGUGCGCGAGGGGAGGAGAGAGGGGGAGGAGGAGGAGAGGAGAGUAGGUGA